CUCCCUCACAACUGCUGCCGGGGAACCUUACCUUGCUCUUCUUUACGUCGCUCACUUUCCUUCAAAUUUUCCCGAGAAAGUGAUCCUCCCAAACACAAAUACACACUCCCAAAAAAAAAAAAAACCCUUAAAAGUAAAAAAGACACACACGUACUCACCAAACACACAAAAUUUAAUAAAUGUGGUGGAGAUCGCCUUCUUUCAUUCUUGACAGACAGCAACAACAACAAAACGACAGCGUUCCGCCAAAUCCCGAAUCUCUCUUUCUCUCAUCUCCGCCUCCUUCCAUGGCCGAUUCUGUCCAAAACCCUAAAUCCAACAUUUCUGCUUAUUACCAGACCCGUGCUGCCCACCACGCUGUCGUAACUAGCGAUUGGCUAGCCCAGGCCGAGGCCGCAGUCGGCCGCCACCCCGACGACGACGAAUCGUCGGGAAUUGAUGGAAGAGCCGCCGCGACCGGUGAAGACGGAGGAGGAGGAGGAGGCGGGAAGGCGUUUGGUGUUAUUGAUGAGUUCAAUAGCUGGAGGAAGCAGCCGGAUUUGGCGGAGGCCGUCGCGGCUAUUUUCGCCCUCGCGGCGGUUAUUAGGGCUAGCCAAGCUACUACCAUGAUGGAGCUUGAAAUUGAGCUUAAAAAGGCUUCUGAUUCGCUUAAAUCGUGGGACACAACCUCUAUCUCUUUGACAGCAGGUUGUGAUCUCUUCAUGCGAUAUGUAACCAGAACGUCAGCUUUAGAGUAUGAGGAUUUUAAUUCAGCGAAGUCUCGCCUGAUUGAACGUGCAGAGAAGUUUGGGGAAAUAUCUUGUAAGGCACGCAGGAUUAUUGCAAUGCUUAGUCAAGAUUUCAUAUUUGAUGGUUGUACCAUUUUGGUACAUGGUUUCUCCAGAGUUGUUCUAGAAUUAUUGAAAACAGCAGCGCAAAACAAGAAACUCUUUCGAGUUUUCUGCACAGAAGGAAGGCCAGACAGAACAGGAUUACGAUUAUCUAAUGAGCUGGCCAAGCUUGAUGUUCCUGUAAAGCUUCUAAUAGACUCUGCUGUGGCAUAUACUAUGGAUGAGGUGGACAUGGUAUUUGUUGGGGCUGAUGGAGUAGUUGAAAGUGGGGGUAUCAUAAAUAUGAUGGGGACAUACCAGAUUGCAUUAGUGGCACAUAGCAUGAACAAACCUGUUUAUGUGGCUGCUGAAAGCUACAAGUUUGCACGUCUUUAUCCGUUGGACCAAAAGGAUAUGGGCCCAGCCUUACGCUCCAUUGAUUUUGGGGUACCAAUCCCAUCCAAGGUUGAGGUUGAGACAUCUGCUCGAGAUUACACUCCUCCUCAAUAUCUUACUCUACUCUUUACAGAUUUAGGUGUUCUUACUCCUUCUGUGGUUAGUGAUGAGCUUAUUCAGCUAUAUUUAUAGCGAGGAGGCUUAAAUGUAAUUUUGUUUAAACUUCGCAGAUGAAGCUUGCCAAUGCUUGCUUGUUAGGGUUAUAUGUAGACAGCUUUAUAUAUACCUUAAGUGACAAUUUUGUAUUCAAUGCUUUGAAAGUGAUUUCUGGUCAUAUAUAAGUGGAUUGGACUUUAUAC